GAACCUUCCAGGUCAGUAGGCCGCCUUCCCCAUUCCGGCCAAAGUCAAACCAAACCAAAUCCUCGCCUCGCCACCAUGGCCGACGGCGCCGGCAGCGGCAGGUCCCGCCUCAGCGCCCUCCCCAACGACCUGCUCCGUCACAUCGUCACCUUCCUCCCCGUCACGGAAGCCGCCCGCGCCGCCACCAUCGCCCGCGGCUGGCGCCACCUCUGGCGCUCCUACCCGCUCGUCCUCAGGGAUGCCGACAUCCCCGAGCGCGCGCGCGACGCCGCAAUCCCCCGAGUCCUCGCCGACCACCCGGGCCACUUCCGCGCCGUCAUCCUCUACGACUGCAGGCUCGCCUCACUGGACCGCGAGCUCCCCACCUGGCCGCGCCUCCUCGUCGACAAGCGCACGGAGAAACUCGUUCUCGCCUACAGAUGGUUCGUGGACCAGCCCAACCCCGCGCGCCUUCUUCCCGCCGACAUCCUCCGCUGCGACUCGCUCCAGGAGCUCACCCUGGACUACUGGACGUUCCCCAGCGGCACCGAGGUCGUUCUUCCCCGCCUGCGGAUUCUCGCCAUGGUAAGGAUUGGCAUAAGCGAGCAGGAACUGGAGUCCUUGAUCGCUGCCAGCCCCGUUCUAGAGUCCCUUCGGCUCACCCUCAAUAGCCCCAAGCACGUCCGUCUCCGCAGCCAAAGCCUCCAGUGCGCGCUCGUUGGGCUAUCCAGAGUGGAGGAGUUCACCGUGGUGGACACGCCGCUCCUGGAGCGGCUCUACUUGUUCCUGCCGCCUACUGGUGUGGUGGGGUUCAGGAUCGCUUGUGCUCCCAACCUGCGGGUGCUCGGCUACCUGGACACAAGAGCUCACAAGCUGCAGAUUGGUAACAGCGUCAUCGGGUCAGACACAAUGGUGAACGCAAGCACUGUGGUUCGAAGCGUCAAGAUAUUGGCGUUAACUGUGAAUUUUGGUGUCUUUGGGGAGGUCAAGAUGCUGGCCAGCUUCCUCAGAUGCUUUCCCAAUGUUGACACGCUGCACAUUGAGUCUAUACCGCAUGAUCCAUCUGUAACUGCCGAUGAACCCAGUGGGGAGCAUCAUGCCAAGUUCUGGCAGGAGAUCAAUCCGAUUUGUUGCUUGAGAUCACAUGUCAAGAAGAUGGUUAUUCAUGAUUUCCGAGGGGAUCGAAAUGAAUUUGAAUUCGUCAAGUUCAUCGCCAUGAAUGCCCAGGAGCUGCAGUCCUUACUGCUUGUGUCGCAUGAAGGAAUUUUGUCUUCAGCUGACAAGGUGAAUGAGAUAAAGGACGAAUUGCAGUGUCUACAGUUUCCAACAGGUAUCUCUGCAGUGCUGCAGGUGUCACCUAAAGCAGGCACUGGUUUGCGCUUGGAGAAAGCAUCCAAUCUUACAAUCGAUGACCCUUUUGAAUGCUGAAUCCGUGGUUAAUUCGCUGUAUGUUUACAUGCUUGAUCCAUACUUUUUGAGGAAUCAUUGACUGUUGUCUACAAGAUCUUGCUGUUUAGUUUCUUGUAGGCAUGCCUUAUCUUGAGACAUGGCUGAGUUUUCCAACUACCAAGAGUAUGUAGGAAUUAAAGUUAGCACAAGUACUUGAGAGACUAGUGUUAUUUUCAUGUGUCUGUGUCGAUAUGACAGCAGUUUGCUUCUGGAUAUAGUGCGCCUGUUUUUUA